UGGUGACCCCUUUCACGUAGCGCUGUUUAAUAUAUUUAACACCACUGUAAAUGCUGGAGGCAAAGCAAGGUUUGGGGUGGAGGUUGACAGCUUGUGACUCCUCCAUGUAAUAACCUCCUGACCCUCUGUGGGGUCCCAACCCUCAGUUUAAUGAGAACCCCUGCCCUAGUGCAUCUGCAUCCCUGCUCACCCCUCCCUGAGUGCACCCUCUGUUCAGCCCCCCCCCGCCCCCACUCGGAUGCCCAAGUGUACUAUUUUCUCAUUUUUCCAGUGUAGCUACUAGUUCAUUGAACCAAAGUUGAGCUGCAGUUGUAUGAUGCUUAGGUGCCAGCGUUGGGGUGUCAGUUCAAAUUUCCCAUGAUCUGGAGCACAGUAUCGAAAUCCUGGAAGUGUGAACAGUCCCAGAUGUGCAAAAUUGUUGGGGAGGAUAAAGAAUCUGGAGGGCAGCUUAUGGAGAGGGAAUGGUCCAAAGGAAAUAUCUGAGGUCUGGUUUUGAAAAGAUAUUAGCCCUCACCAAUAACUAUAUUCAUACCACAUUUCAAACUUUAGCAGUUCCUGCUGUAAAUCUGCCUUAAAAUUUAUUUUUUUAAAGAAAUGUUUGGGUUUUUCCUCUACCCUCACCCAACUCAACCGCUGUAUGGAUUUUGCUUGACCUCUCCAAGAUAAUUGACUUACGGAUGGAGACUAAGCACUUAACAUUUCAAUCCAAAAGUAUAAAUUCCGGGAUCUGACCAUAGAAGAACUGAAGAAUGUUGUUAAGAUCUACCCAAACUUCAGAUUUUCCAUGAAUACAUACACUUUCAAAGACGGAUCCCUUAAAGACCUCUUGAAUUUUAGUGGCACUAUUCCAGUGAAAUAUCACGGUAAUUCCUAUAACAUACCAAUUUGUUUGUGGAUUUUGGAUUCUCAUCCUUUUGCUCCUCCCAUUUGCUUGCUGAAACCAACUAUAAACAUGGAAAUCUCUGUGGGAAAACAUGUAGAUGCACAUGGCAGGAUAUACUUGCCCUAUCUACAAAACUGGAGCCACCCAAAGUCAAUUAUCAUUGGAUUAAUCAAAGAAAUGAUUGAAAAGUUUGAGGAAGAGCUACCUCUGUAUUCAGUAUCAUCUUCUGAUGAAGCCAAGCAGUUAGAACUGCUAUCCUAUAUUGCAAAGAUAACUACAGGUGAAACUGACAUUAAUUCAAAGACUGUGGUGGAUGGACAGAAAAAAGAUGGAGGCUUUAACAAAGUUACUGUAAUUGGAGCAGGAGACCUUGGCAUUGCUUGUGUACUAGCAAUUGCAGCAAAGGGUGCUGCAGACCAGGUAGUUCUCUUGGACCUCUCAGAAGGUGCAGCAAAAGGAGGAACAAUGGACCUGGAUAUCUUUGCUCUGCCAAAUGUAGAGAUCAGCAAAGAUUUUUCUGCUUCUGCUGAUUCAAAAGUGGUCGUGCUCACUGUUAAUUCUCUGGGUAAUGCUCAGUCGUACCUUGGUGUCAUACAGAGCAACGUGGAUCUAUUCAGAGGAAUUGUCCCAGCAGUAGCACAUUAUAGUCAAAAUAGUGUGCUGCUUGUUGCAUCUCAUCCAGUGGAAAUAAUGACAUAUGUCUCAUGGAAGCUGAGUGCAUUUCCUAAAAGCAGAGUUAUCGGAAUUGGCUGUAAUCUAGACACUGAGAGAUUCCAAUAUAUUAUCACAAACUUGUUGAAAGCACAGACCAUAGGAAAAGAGGCUUGGAUUAUCGGUGAACGAGGAGAAGACAAAGUGCCUGCAUGGCGUGGUUCUAACUUAGUAACAUGUCAUCAAACUGAAGGAGUAAUGAAUGAUAACUCUCAGGAGCAGUUGGCGAACAGAGCCAUGGAAGUUCUUAAGGGAAAAGGUCAAAAGUCCUGGUCUGUUGGGCUGUCAAUAGCUGAUCUGAUUGAAAGUAUACUGAAAAAUAAAAGAAAGGUUCAUUCCAUAUCAACUCUGGCAAAGGGGUGUUGCAAUAUAAACAGUGAAGUAUUUUUAAGUAUGCCAUGUGUUCUUGGAACCAAUGGAGUGACAGAAAUUAUCAAACCACUGAAGGAGGAUAAGGUGGUGGCAAAAAAACUGCAAAGCAGUGCAGCAUCGAUUCAUGACCUUCAACAGCAAUUGAAACUUUAAACACAAUGGAAUCAUCCAAUAUCUGCUCAUGAAAAUGCUGGGUUUGCUAAAGAAAAAUGUUUCCCUGGUAGAUAUAGGUUUCUGCAAACGGAAGAAUUAUCAUUUCCUUUCACAACUGCGUCACUCCUUCAAAGCAUUAGUUAAACUAUGAAACAAAGAGAACAUCUCAAAAUGGAAAGGUUUUUUUUUUAUCCUGUAGCUUUUGUAGUCAAAACGAAGAGGAUAAUGUACAACUAUGUUUUUUGUCAAAAUUUAAGUAACUUUUCCUGCAGUCUUUGUUACUAAGCUAUGCACCAUGUAGGCCUGAUUUUCACGUUCACUAUGUUUCUGUUGUGCCCUCUGCUGGGACAAAUAGGUUAUAAAGCUGACUUAACAAUCUAUUUGGAAGCGUCUCUAGUGUAGGGAGAAUCCUUGCAUGGUGUAGAGCCACUACAGAAGCAGUAUGUCAUCUCCCUUGUAACCUUCAAUGUAGGGGGCAUGACUAGAACAUCAUUGCACUCCAGCUACUCAGUGCAGUAAAGCAUUGACUAAAAUGAUCCUCAUGCUUAGCAGACACGAUAAAGGUAAAGCACUUUAUUGUUUUCAUGUAAUUGAACUUGACACUAGAACACUGCUAGGAAAAACGGAAAUUUUUUUUUAAUGAUACACCUUUGAGCUUGAGCUUUUGGGCAUUGUAUAUGAAUGCUGUUGUAUGUUCAUUUAAUUGUCUGAGCUUUUUUUCCUAGAAUUUUUCUCUUUUCUAAUUGUUUUGUAUGUUUUACAGACACUUUAGGUGUUUUUAUGCUAUAUUUUAGAAAUAACUUUUUUGUUUUAAACAAUAGAGGUAAACCAACAAGUACAGCACUGGUACAGAUACUGUACACAGUAGUAAGGUGUUUGUGUGCGGGGAGGUGGGAAUAAAGGACAAUCUGACAGUUGAGUACUAUAGAAGUAAAUAAGGCUUGGGGGCAUAAUUAAUUCAUGGAAAUAUGAUUCAAAGUCCAUUGAUGUCAGUGGGCUUUAGAUCAGGCUCAUAAGGAAUAAAGUGAGGAAAGGCAACUGAAUCUGAGUAGGGAGACACCCCUGGCUGACAAGGGUGAGGGGUGUACAGAAAAAGCAGGAUACUAGUGUUAAAAUAAACCAAAAAAGAACGCAUGUUGAUAAAAGUAGUUUUAUUGACUUCGUAAAUAAUCUUUGCUUGUUCAUUAUGUUACACUCCUAAAAGAAAAGUAGUAUUUUCAUCUUGUGUGUAGACUUUAGUAGUAAAUUGAAUACUAAUACCAAAUACAGUAAAGGAGAAAAUGUGGACCUAACUCUUUAAAGUGCUGGUAUGUAUUUCUUAAAAUACCAUUGAAGCUUUAUGUUGGUAAAGAUACAAUGUAUGAAUGAAUUAGAUUGAUGAUACACUUCUUGUGCCUUACACUUAUACCUCAGAAAGGGCCCAGUCUUGAAGAGGCUUACUACCCUCACAACCUUUUGGGCCGAAUAUGUAUCAUUUACAAGUCCAGUUUCCAUUGUAAUCGAUGGGAGCAAGAUUUAGCUCAUUGACCUCAGUGGGACUUGUGAUAUGCUGAGUGAUCUCAGGAUUGAGAACAAAAAUAGGAAAACAACAUUUUCUUUAAUGGGAUCGCCAUUCAUAUUGCCUGAAAAUUUCUUAAUGUUUUAAUCAGUGAUGUUUUGUACAUAGUGAUUAUUAUGAUGCAACAGUUGAGCUGGUGGUUUAAACAUAAUUGAGCUCUAGUCUCUAGCUGGACUGGUUUUCUUUUUAACUUACUAAAAUCAUCCUGAAUGAGCAAUAACUAACUUUUCUUAAAGUGUGCAUGUAAACUUGUUCAUAAAGAGGGCUACAUUUAGCUAGAAUAGAUCAUUUUUGUACCUUAAUGCUGUAUCUUAUUUUGUUAAAAGCUGCAGUCCUCCUAUAAUUGGCACUUUUGGGGAUAAAUGGUACUUAGUGCUCAUAAUUUUUAAAUAUAUUAAAUACCAUUGUUCAUAAGUUUCCAAUUUUUAUUUAAAAAUAAGAGAUUGCAGCUUUAAAAAUACAUUACAUGGCACUUUACAUUGUUGUAGGAAGGAAAUUGUCUAUAGUCACUUUUAGACUAAUGGCACUAAAAGGCAUCUAUUGUAUGACACUUAUCUUGUUCUUCAGAAACAGUGGGAAAAAUAGUGUUUUAAAUGCACGAAGUACUUGUAAGAUAUGGCCUCCUAUUAAGGGCCUCUAAAAUGGGGAUUUUAGUUGGCCAGCCAUUUCCAGUAUACUAAAACAAAACUCUUAAAGUUGAUAUCUAGGUUCAGAUAUACUGAAUUCAUGCAACUCGUACAUUGCACUGUUUUCCUACUAUUCUGUAUUUAAAGUAUGGUUCUUAUGCAUUGAAGGUGUCAUGAAGUAUCGAGUUGUUGUACUUUCAUUCAAAUCUGUUUUAAAUCAUGACUCUCGUGCCUUGUGGUUCUCAAGAUCUAAUGAUUCUUGUUAUGCCUCUAAAUGAAUUACUUAUGUGAAGGCUGUUCUUAGAAAAAUUAAUAAAAAAUGCAGUAGACAAUAGGACUUGAAUAGUGAUCAUGCGCUGUCCAAGGUACCAUAAUAAAGAAUCUCAGCUAAAGAAAAUCAUCAUGCACCAAGAUAAUAGGAGAUGCUCAUUAACUCUAAUACUAUGUUAUGGUAAUUAUGCUCUUGUAUUAAAAUAUUAAUCACAAAUCAAACAAAAUGCCAUUUGUAACUACCCUUGUAGUGAAUGGGAGAAAUGUCUUGUUGCUUAUAGCUGUCAGCAAUAAGCUUCCUCUGUAUGCUGUUAUAAAGUGGUAUAAUAAAGGAUACAGAACUUGA